CCCCCGGGGCCAGCCCCCCGCCCGGGAACAGGAUUUUUACUGCGUCAAGUGGAUCAGCUGGAAGGGGGAGCGCACGCCCGUGGUCACCCAGAGCGAGAACGGGCCCUGCCCGCUGCUGGCCAUCAUCAACACCCUCCUGCUGCGCUGGAAGGCAAGCUGGGGGUCCCUGGGGGUCUCUGGGGGGCUGGGGGCUCCCCCCACAUCCCCAGAGGAAGGGUGUCCCCACAGCCCUGCUCUGCCCGCAGGUGAAGCUGCCCCCGCAGAAGGAGGUGAUCACAGCCGAGGAGCUGAUGGCACAUUUGGGGAAUUGCAUCCUGGCCACCCAACCCCGGGACACCUCGGAGGGGCUGCAGCUCAACUUCCAGCAGAACAUCAGUGACACCAUGACCGUCCUGCCCAAGCUCUCCACGGGGCUGGAUGUCAACGUCAGGUUCACGGGGGUCUCAGAUUUCGAGUACACCCCCGAGUGCAUCGUCUUCGACCUGCUCAACAUCCCUCUCUACCACGGCUGGCUGGUGGACCCCCAGAACCCGGAGCAGGUGCAGGCCGUGGGCAAGCUCAGCUACAACCAGCUGGUGGAGAAGAUCAUCACCUGCAAGCAGGCCAGCGACUCCAGCCUGGUGAGCGAAGGGCUGGUGGCAGAGCAGUUCCUGGAGUCCACGGCGUCCCAGCUGACGUUCCACGGGCUGUGCGAGCUGACGGCGCGCGCCCGCGAGGGCGAGCUCGGCGUCUUCUUCCGCAACAACCACUUCAGCACCAUCAUCAAGCACCAGGGCCACCUGUACCUGCUGGUGACAGACCAGGGCUUCCUGCAGGAGGAGGGGGUGGUGUGGGAGAGCCUGCACAGCGUGGAUGGGGACAGCUGCUUCUGCGACACCGACUUCCACCUCAGCCACGCCCCGGGCAGGGAGGGGGGACCCCCGGACCCCCGGCUGCAGCAGAGACAGCUGGACCAGGAUUACAUGGUGGCCCUGUCCCUGCAGCAGGGGCACGGGCAGGACCCCCCCUCCCUGCUCAGCGACCUGGAGCUGGCGCGGCAGCUGCAGCACGAGGAGUAUCAGCAGCACCGUCCUCAUCCUCCUCCUCCUCACCUUCCUCAUCCUGCUCAGCCGCUGCCAGCACAGGCGGGUGGCCGGCCGGCCGGGGAGCGGCGGCAGCGGCAGCGGCCAGAUUUGGACUGCACCCUCCUGUAGCACCUCGUGCCGUGGGGUCCCCACACCCGCAGCCCCCCGAGUCCCCACUCUGCGUCCUCCAGGGGGAUCCUGGGGGGUCCCCGUACGCUGGAGGGGACACACGGGUGAGGGGUGACCAUCCCCAGGACCACCCCAAACUUCCCAGUGGCCUUAACACAGGGGGAGCCCCUUCUGGGGAUCCCACACCUCAGUCCUCGCUCUGAGACACGGCUGGACGUGGCUGGGGGGGACACGGGCACCCCCCUUUGCAAAAUGUGGCCUUAGCCCUUGGCAAGUAAAGGACUUGUCCCCCUGCA